CAAAAAAGAUUUUGUUGUCAAACAACACGGACAUUUUUUCCAAAUUCUGUUUUUCUAGAAAUCCACGAAAAAAAAGCUAUGCCCUGCUGCAUCGACCAGUGUCCUCCGGGUAAAUUUGGGUUAGUCAAAUUCCCACCGAGCCUCGUAAUUCAGACACGCUGGCGGGAUGCUAUCAAAGCCGGAACCGGUACGACUCCUUCCGCGCUCAGCGACCUAAAGGACCCUUGGAGCAAGAAUGCUUUGGGCAAAAUGAAAAGAUACAAUGCCACCGGUGCUCAACUGGAUCUGGAGAUUUGUCUGGGUCACUUUCCCGACCCGAACGAUCGUGGCUACCAGGAUCCGACGGUUUUCGUCAAUCGCACUGGAAAGCGGGUGGAUCUAACCUGUUGCCGUCUGUGCCAUCGUUUCGAAUCAACUUCGCAGAUGUACUCACUGGAUGGCAAAAUUAGUGGGCAGCAUCUCAAUGAGGCUAUACUGCAAACGAUGAAGAUUCGUUUGAAACAGGAAGAGGAUCCACGAUUUCUUUCGAUCUGUCACAGCUGUCUGGUGAAGGUGGAUUUGGUGAAGGUAAUUCAAAAUAAGUACCUCAUACUAGCAGCAUGCCAUGGGUGCUUUCUGCAAGAGCAAACUCCUUUGGAGCUGGUGGAACCUGCCGUAAAUAAUAUGGUUAUCGGCGAAGAGAUGAUAAUUAAGGAAGAAGGAUUAUCUGAAGAAACUAUUGUAAAGGAUGAGAAAAUGAAAGCUAAUAUGGGUGACAAAACUGUACAGGCGGACACGCAGUUGGUUAUAAAGUUAGAGGAGCAAGGCGAAGUAAAAGUAGAUGAAAGUGAUGCUGUUAAGCCGAAGAAACGUGUGGUCGUUAAAAGAAAAGUUGAAGAUAAGGUCCAUCAAAUAUCGACUUUGAAGACGAUCCGCUUGCGCACGGUUGCGGCGAAAACUUGCUACAUCUGUCCAACGGUAUUGGCAGAUGCGGAACAUCUGCUGGCACACCUGACGGAGAAACACGCUGGUAAAAUUGAUUACAUUUGCCCGCACUGCGAUGGGAAGCAGCUGAAAACGGUCCUAUCCUACAACGGUCAUCUCAGUUUGCAUGAUUCAAGUGGUCGACCGCUUCAGUGUAACUUCUGUACGCUUCGGUACAGCACAAGGAAGGGGCUAGAAGUACAUGAAACGCGAGCACAUGGAGCCCCCCGUAAGCAUCAGCCACAGAAGAAAAGAAACCGACAGAUUCAGUGUGAACAUUGUGGUAAGGUUUUCAAUUCGACAUCGUCUAUCCAAGAGCAUAAGUUGGUUGUACACCAGCAGGGAAUAGCUGCGCAAUGCAAGAUUUGCCUUAAGGCAUUCAGUCACAAAAGCAACCUGAACCGACACAUGCUAACUCACACAGGGGAGCAUCCCUACAAAUGUGACACGUGUGGGCUCCAGUUCAAAAUUGUCACCGAUUUGAAUAAGCACGUUCAAAGCGAUCAUGAGGGCAAGAUGCCUUACUAUUGCUUCAAGUGCAAUCUUCCACUGAAAGACAAGAAUGCCUACCAGCGGCAUAGAACUCAGCAUAAAUUCAAACAAGGUCCAGCAAAACGGACUUUUAGGUGUGGUCUUUGCCCGAUAACAUUUGAAUCGCCGCCGGAUCUGCAAGCUCACAUCGACGAGCAGCAUCCGAGCCAGGACUACCCUUACACGCCCUGUCCUUUUUGCUCGGAUAAAUUUGUAACCCCUAAUCAGAUGCAUAUGCACAAGUACACGAAGCAUUGCGACCAGCGGACUUCCCGAUCGACCAAGCUGCUGUGCACCAUUUGCGGUGAUCAGCAGCGCACGCGAUACCAUCUGGACUCCCACAUGACCAAAGUGCACGGGGCGGAGAAGAAGUACGCCUGCAAACUGUGCGACAGCCGUUUCACGAUCGAAAGAAACUUAAUCCGCCACCAGGACCUGCACAAAGAAGUGAAGAAAUUCGCCUGUGAGUUCUGUGCGAAAAGCUUCCAUCAAAAGGUGGCCAUGGAGAACCAUCGCCGCAGCGUCCAUACCGGUGAGAAAGCAUUUGAGUGUGAGGGCUGUGGAAAGGGAUUCAAAGAAACGUCUAUGUACUAUCGCCAUAAGGCCACGUGCAUGGAGAAGCAGGAUGCAGAAUAAUAAACGAGCAAUGAUGUCAACGUUAUA